GCUAUUUUUUGUCAACAUUGAGAAAUCAAAAUACAAAUGAUGAAAUUGGUGAGUGACAGUUUAUUCAAAACGUAACAAAACAUUUGCCGAACAUCGACAUUUUGUGAUAUUUGAGUGAAUAAAUGCACAACGAAAAUGGAAUUCCGUUACGACAUAAACAAUUUAAAGGAAGUUGCCAAAUCACUGAUAAAUGUGUUGAAAGUCAUUCCGAAAGACAAUCUUUUGGAAACGAUGAUUGACAUGAUGGAAAAUGAUAUGACUUUCGAUGAUCCCGGUCUGUUUCUCCGACAGCCCGUGAAAGAUGAAACAGAGAAAAUUAUACAAGAGGGGGCCGUGUUAUGGUUGAUUCAUCAGUUGAUGUAUGUGGUCAGCUGUGAGCAAUACGUGAAGUCGAAGCUGAAAACUCUACACUUUCAAAAGCGGUUGCUAUCUGCCAGCUACAUUAAGCAACAUUGGCUGUUUUUGAAAUUGGUUGACAGAUAUGCUGAAUUCUCCCAUCAACUGGUCCAUGUAGAUCGAUUGUUGAAAGAACCGUUCAUUGUCACCACAUUCCAAUUCGACAAAUUCAAGGAAAUAUCGCUGAUUCCCGAUGAUUAUCCAUCGCGGGUCAUUUCGAUCAGAAAUCUGUCGGCGCUGCAUUAUUUUACCAUGGCAAACGUAAAAAUUCUAACUCAUGCCAUUUCGUUGCUCGUCAAUUCCCACGAAGUGUUGGUAAGACGGUGUACGGACGCGGUGCUGCAAACGUUUGAUGUUAUGGAUUUUCACAUUAAAAUGCUGGCACUGCAGUUUCUACUUGAAGAGACGGUUCAUCAGAAUUCAGAUUAUUGUCGAGCGGUUAUCCAGUUGCUUUUACAAUGUUUUGAUUCGAUCAACACUCGAAUCGAUCAGUGGGAUGUUGUCGAAAAUGUCAAUGACUUCGAUAAAACGUUGACGCAGUUUUUGUGCAACGACUGCAUCCAUUCAAAGUUUUGUGAAGUGACCGACAAUUGUGCCAAGAUUUUCGACUUUUGUUUAGCGUUAAUCGAACGACGACGAGAGAUUCGCGGUUCACAUUAUGAACAUUUAAUCGAAUCAGCCCAUCGGCGAUUGUGCUCGAUCUUAAAGAAACACGUAUCACCGUCGUUGAUCCGGAAAGUGGAUGAUUACAUCAGUAACAAGCAAACACUGUCGAAACACAGUCUGGCAUUAUUGGAGUAUUGUGUGCUGGAGGAAUGUCGGUAUGCCGAUGGGAUAUACAAUUGGAACUUUGGCUGUGAAAUGGCGGAAAAGAUCUUGGGCCAAUGUGACCGUGCGGAGCGGACGGAUGACGUUAGUGAAAAUUUGAAUCUCUUCAAUUACUUACUGGAAAUGUGUCUGCGUGUCCGACACAAUUUCAUCGCUUGGCAUCAAAUGCAACAUUUAAAUCUCACCAACGAUUCUGAUUGCAAAACCUGUACCAUUACACACGACAACAAACGUAAGCAAUUUGUUCUUGGAAAUCGAACGACGACCAUCAAUAUGGUUCAUCCAACGAUUCUCGGUAACAUAAGCACGCUAUCUCAUCGGUUCGUGAACAUCGUAAAGAAAAAGAAAUGUUUAAAAAGAUUGGAUGUGUCGAGCGCAGCGGUUUCGCUACUAUCAUUUUGUGAUUCGAAUGAUGCAACCAGUGAUAUUGGGGACUUAAUGGCCUUAACAAUGUGCAUUUACGCCUUUUACGAUGUUGUGGAGACAUUCCACGCCGAAUUCGUGAACAGCGCAAUCGCUCGCGUGGAUAAAAUCAACAUUCUACGACGUUUGCUUCAUCAUGAAAUUCGCUUGAAUUCGGACAUUUUAAGUGCCAUUCAGCGGAUGCUGUUUACGGAAAAGCUCCUGCCAGAUUUGUACAUAAUUUUGCUAGUUCGAAGAACAUUCAAUCGUAGUGAAUUGCUGCAAAGUCUAUUUAAUGGUUACCUGAACGAUCCGACGUUGGAAUCAGUAUUGUCAGAGCAUCUGUUGUCACUGAUUUGUUUAACGUUGCACAGUUGCAAUGCGUCUAUCGUUAGCAUCGACAAUGAUUUUCAAUAUUCAGUGUCCUGUAACGCAUGUAAAUCAAAUUGUAUCAACGGCGACAAUUUGAAGGAAACGACAACAAGGAUCAUGCUGCCGAUUACUGUUACGCAAAAUGAUGCAUUGAGUGAUGAACACUUGGAAUGCAUUCUACGACUGAUGCAGUCCGAUCAACUAAUCGUUCGUCUUAAUAUCGUUAAAUGUCUGCCUGCCAUUUGUCACAAUCAUUCGCAUGUACUCUGCGCCACGAAAAAUUUGUUUUGGACAAACAUAUUCAACGACGGCGAACUGGCCAAAAAUUUCCAAUUUUUGAAAAUCAUUCCACGGAUCGUCGACGGUAUCAAUAACUCGAACUUAAGUGAAACGUUAAAAGACCGUACAAUGCAGACCUGCCUGGAGAUACUACUAGUGGCCACAACGCAAUCACUGCAGACGGGCGAUAAGGCUCGGCAAUCGGCUGUUGUGGCUGUGAUCGGCAAAUUUGCUUCGAGUGAAACGACAUCGGAACGCUUGCUGUUGUUGUGCUAUCGCUUGAUGCUAUUUUUCCUGGUGAAUCCCAAAUCACUGGUCGUUGGAAAUGCAAUACUGUGUGCGAGUACUAUGUGUCAACGGAAGGGGAUCCUGACGAAGAAUCUGUACAUUUGGUACAAGGAACACAUUUUGUCCACUGUGAUUCGCUUGGCCGUAUCGGUCUAUUUGGAGUAUGGAUUGACGUUCGACAAAACGUUGGCGAAUUUCAACGAAAUGCUGGGAUACACUAAUCUGAAGCGUGACCUUAUGAAAAACGAUUUUGCUAUUAUAACGGCUAUGGUUUUGCCGUAUGCGUUGCAGUAUCCAACGUGCCAAGAACUUCUACAAAGUAUAUGCGCGCUAACGAAUCUCCAUCUGGAUCUCCUAUUUGCCAGAUCGUUCAUUCAAAUCUACGUGUACCUACAUCUUCGCCAGCCUCCCGAUGUAACAGAAAAUUGCCUGAAGUUUAUUUCGGAAAAGACUGGCAAGACGGUCAAUUACUUUUUGAAUGUCGACCCGAAGCGAUCACUAUCCGAAGUGUUGUUGUCAUACCACAAAAAACCCGAAUUUGCUGCCCAAACCAUUCGGAUACUAAUGAGCAAGGAGAGCACAACCAUCAAAAACGUAUCAAUUGACCGAAUAACACAUCACUUGGCAACACGGUUCUUGGGAGUAUUAAACAGUUUCGGCACCAUUCUGAUGACGAACAAUUUCGAGAAAGUUUUCCAGAGAGAUGCACUUCGUAGCCUCGGUGAAAUUAUCCGAUUUAUCGGGCCGAAAGACAUCACCCCGUAUCGAUUCAAAAUACUCGAAUUGUUGCAUUCCGUUGGCAAUCUGGACGUUAAAGAGCUGACCGACAUAUGCGUGUCCGUUUGGAAAAUCUUUAUUUACACCGUGGACAUAUCGAAAUUGGGACCGUUGUUGAGUACGAUAUUGGUGUUGCUGGAGCCACUGUUGAAAAGCCACGCCACGGAAGUUAAUGAAAUUUUGAAAUUUUUAAUUAUCUCCAACGGCAGUCUGAUCAAUCGAUUCAUUUCCGAUCUAUUUUUCCUGGAGGUAACGCCAGUCUGUGAUGAGAUAAAAAACUAUGUGGCAGAGCACUCACAACGAUUGCUGAUAGACGACACGUUUGAAAAGAAGUUCAAAUUGUAUUCGAAGCAAAUAAAUCAUGAGAAUGUGGCUAAUGUCGGCGUACGCAUUUACGGUCUGAAUUAUUUGUCGGAUCUGUUUUGUCAGCACCGUAACGAACUAAACGAUUUAAUAUUGGGACAACAGCGCAUUCAUCCACUCAUCGAAAAUCUCUUGGAGAAUCUAAUGGAAGGCAGCAAGCAUGUGGACGAAAAGUUACAAAUUGCAUCGGCUAUUUGUUUGGGUCAUUUGGGUGCCAUUGAGCCAAGUUUACUACCGCGAAACUAUGCACCAGAAUCUUGUUUUGCGUUGAGCAUUCACACGGACACGUUCAGCAUUAUGGCACUGGAUCAACUCUUACGAGCCUAUCAGUCGCAGAAAAACACACAUCUCGUCAACGCAUUUUCGUUGGCUAUUCAGGAGCUGUUCGUGGCCAGAGGUGUCGAUCCUAAACACAAUAAAAAGAUGGAAAUUUGGAAUUCGAUUCCGGAGAAAAUGCGGCCACUGAUGGAACCAUUUCUAACUUCCUGCUAUACAGCGUUGAACAGCAAUGUGAUCACCAACAUUCAUCCAAUAUUUGGGAGUGCGGACUGUUCAACCAUCGAGUACUGGGCAUUUCAUUGGUCGCUGAAUAUGAUGAAUAUGAUAACGGACGACCAAACGAAAAAACUGUUAACUUCGUUCAAAGCGUCAAUGAGACAUCACACCGGCAUAUUGCUGAUGUUUUUGCCGUACGUUUUGGUUCAUAGUCUUCAGAAUGCUACCGAUGGAAAUGUUGAAAAAAUCAAAGACGAAUUCAUGUGCGUUUUCGACGCAGUGUCCAAUUCUGCUGAUGGUCUAAGCUUGAAAUGUGCGAAGAUUGCUACCGGUCAGCUAGACUUUUUGGAACGUUGGAUUUGCCAUUACGAAAAUGCGUCCAUGCCAAAGAGGACCCAAGAAUACUUACGCAUCCGAGACUUUUCCGCUCAAUUCUCACCACAAUUACUGGCUCAAGUCAAUUUCCGUUGCGGAGAGUAUGCAAAGGCUUUGAUGUCGUUGGAACAGCACCUGCUAAACGAUCCAUCAAAAUUACAGUCUGAGCUGACGUUCUUGUUGCAAAUUUAUGCUGAAUUGUUGGACGUCGAUUCAAUGGAAGGGACACUGAAAUUGAAGGACAAGCAGCCAACAUCAGCUGAACAAAUAUUGCUCAAUAAUAUGACGGGCCGGUUACAAGAUUCAACUGUCGUCUUUGAAAACAAGAUGCAAAUUGGUGACAUAACGGAGGCGAAUGUAACCGACAUCGUUCAAUGUUACCUCGGUCUGGAUCAACCGGAAACGGCUCUGCGUAUGACGGAGAGUUUAAUGAAGCAAUUUUACGACAAAAAUAUCGAUUCACUGCUGAUCGGGAAAGCUGAACCGCUGUGGCGCUUGGGUCGUUUCGAGGAGCUUGAAAGUUUACUGGAAAACGACAACAUCCGAGCCAGUCAAAAUUGGGGUGUUCAGUGCGGUCAAGUUUUGUUGAAAUUUACCAAAGGUAAAUUUGAUGAGUAUCCAACUGCGCUCAACAAUUGCCGGUUGAGUGUGCUGAAGGAAUUUCAUACAACCAGUGACGGGAAGAGCGACUACAACACACGGUAUCCGGUCGUACUCAAGUUGCAUCUAAUAACGGAAAUGGAAAGUGUGCAGGAAAUGCUCAAUGAAUUCAGUUGCCAACAGAAUGUGGACUCUUCUACACAGGUGUUGAACGUCCUAUUCGAUUUGUGGAAUGCUAGGCUGGAAAUACUACAACCGACAGCGAGAAUUAUUGAACCCGUACUUUGCCUUCGUCGUAUACUCUUAACAGAAUGCAAACAACUGUUCACCGACCACAUCCGUAACGAACCGGUUCUCCGGAAUGGUAUCAAAAUGAUUGAUAAAUACAUCGGCACAUCCUUAAUGAAAAGCAUUGAGCUGGCGCGUAACGCCGAAAUGUAUCAGCAAGCUCAGCUGUUCAUCUUGAACGCUGAAACGUAUUCGCCGCCCGAUUUGUUCAUUGAAAAAACGAAACUUCAUUGGGUCAAAGGGGACCAGGCCGCAUGUUUCAACAUUUUAGGUCGUGGCAUCGAAGAGAUGGAAAAGUCCGGAGCGAAGGAAUUGUAUCCGUCGAUUUAUGGCGAAGCAAAAUUUCUGUUGGCCGAUUACACGGCUGAAUCAAAGAAAUCGAAUCCCAACAAAAUCCAGGAUCUGUACAAAUUGGCAAUUCAUGAACUCAAAUCGUCGGAAAAGUGUUUGGUCCAUUUGGCCCAAUAUCAGGAUCAAAUUUUCGCUGCUAUGUCGGACAGUGAAAAGCAUUCGAAACAGGGCUAUGAACUACAACAGGAAAUUAUGACACAAUACGGCAAAUCGAUGAUGUUCGGAUGCGAGUACGUGUUUCAGUCGAUGCCCCGAUUCCUCAGCAUUUGGCUGGACUUUUACAAAUACAACAAGAGCGACAGCCACAAACCCGUAGCAGAGAAUUUGAACUUAGUGGUGGAACGUUUCUCCGAACGUUUGCCGGCAUUCGUUUUCUUUACCGCAUUCUCGCAACUCGUCAGCCGCGUAUCACAUCCGAUAAACGAAGUGUAUCAGGUGGUCAAGACCAUAAUCAUCAAAUUGAUUACACAGUUUCCGCAGCGGUCGUUAUGGAUGAUUUUAAUGGUGUACAAGAGUUCAUACACCAAUCGGGUGAGACGGUGUUCAGAGAUAUUUUCGGACAAGCGACUGGCAUCGAAACCUAUUCAGAAACUCAUUCAAGACUUUAACUCGUUGGCUGAACUAUUCAUAACGUUGACAAACUACGAAACACAGAAAUCGGUUGACAAAUUGUCGGUGGCCACUAUAUGCAGUGCCCUUCCGAAACUUUUACACGACACCACUAGAUCACCGAUCCUGUUCCCCAGUGAAAAAUUGAUGAAUCCAGUUCUACCAGCCCCAUCCGUCCGGGAAAAGCUCCACACUUACAAUGCUUUUCCUCAUGAUGACGUCUAUAUUCAUGACAUUCGAGACGAAAUUUCCGUUUUUGCCUCGCUGCAACGUCCAAAACGAAUAACGCUGGUUGGCAGUGACGGCAAGAGCUACAUGAUGAUGAUGAAAGCUAAAGAUGAUCUGCGAAAAGAUUUCCGUCUCAUGGAGUUCAAUGCAGUUGUGAAGCAAUAUCUGCGCCAAGAUUCGGACAGUCGACAACGUCGUUUAUACAUCCGCACCUAUGCCGUAAUGCCGUUGAACGAAGAAUGUGGCAUUAUCGAAUGGAUUCCCGAUCUGGACGCCUUUCGUUCGAUUAUCCAUCGGAUUAUGAAGCGCAAAAAUGUGAUGCCAUCAAAUAGAGAAUUAAAGGUUGCCAUCUGCGCUAAAAACGAUCCGAUCGAAAAGAAACGUGCAGCGUUCUUAGAUGUUCUACUUCCGAAUCAUCCUCCCGUUUUCCGCGAUUGGUUCGUAGAAAAGUUUACCACUCCGCACAACUGGUACCAAGCACGUAGCUCGUUCAUCCGGACAACGGCAGUGAUGUCAAUGGUAGGCUACAUUUUAGGAUUGGGCGAUCGUCAUGGCGAGAAUAUUUUGUUAGAUUCGACAAACGGUGACAUAAUCCACGUCGACUUCAAUUGUCUGUUCAAUCGAGGCGAACAAUUCGAAUAUCCGGAAUUGGUGCCGUUUCGCCUGACUCACAAUAUGGUCCAUGCCAUGGGACCAUUGGGCGUGGAAGGAAUGUUCCGAAAGUGUUGCGAAAUUACGUUGAAAGUCUUGCGCCAACAGAUGCCAAUAUUGAUGUCCGUGCUGAAACCGUUUGUCUACGAUCCAUUGGUAGAAUGGAAUAAGAAAACGACUUCGAAUGCCAACAAAACGAUGGAACGCAUCGAUCCGCAUGCUAUGAGUAAUGUGAACCGCAUCGAGGAACGACUGAAGGGAUUGAUCAAGACCGACAUUCGCCGAAACGUGUCGAAUAUACCGCUGUCCGUGGAAGGUGUCGUGGACCAUUGUAUUAGCCAGGCUACUGAUAUUGACAGACUAGCUGCUAUGUUUUACGGAUGGGCUAGCUUUUUGUGAUGUUGUUGGCUCUCAGGAUGGGCUCGCCCCAAAAAUUAAAUUGUGAUUUAUACGAGCAAAAUGUUCAGUGCUCAAAUUACGUAAUAAAUACCUUCUUAUGUUA